UUUUAUUUUUUUUCUAUAGGGGUUUAGGGCAAUGACGCAGAAGGGCGAGCUCUUCAAGGGGCAGAAGAAGAAGACCGCGGCGGCAAAUCGCCAUGGCAAGGCUCCUCACGUCCGCAAAGGCAAGAUGUUUAAGGAGCCAAAGAAAAAGAGCGCGGAGCUAGAGAUAAACAAGGAGCUCGCGAAGUUCAUUGACCAGGCGAAUGAAGCAAAGGCAGCUGCUAUGGCAACAAAUGAAGGCUCACGACUGAGAGUUGUCAAAUCCAGCGAUGACACUUCGCCCGCAAAGCCGAUCAAAGUCCACAAGAACAAGAAGAAGAACAGCUAGUCGCGGGCUGUCUCAACGGAGGAGAUCAUGCGGUACCUACAGUACUUCGACCGUGUUGCGAUUUUCUUGGGUCAAGGCUCUCAAAAAGAAUUCCCUUGCGAUAGGUGUGGUGGUUCGUGGGCCGAUAGAACAGCACAGGUUGGCACAGAUUUAUCGUACCAACAGUAGCAGGCUGCGAGGUGGUCCGGGAAAAAAAAGGAACAAAAUUCCUGGUAUUCCGACGGGAUGGAAGGCACAGGGACGAUCAUGGCCUGAGCAGCAGAGUAUCGUCUACAUUUACCAAAAAGUCAUAGCGCUCGCACAGAUCGAUAGAUUCAAAGUUCCUAGUGAUGAGGCCGUCGCAGGAAAAAAAAA